CCUCUCGUCUCCACUCCUGCGCUACCUGCCAUUGGUGCUGCCGCCGCCGCCGCCGCCAUGCAAAAAGUGGCCGUGAUCACCGGUGCGAGCAGUGGAAUUGGUUCCGCGCUGUGCCACCGUCUCCUUCAAGAAGAUGCCGACCUCCACGUGUGUUUAGCCUGCAGGAACAUGGACAAGGCCAACGCCACCCGUAAUGAACUGCUGUACUACUACCCUCAUGCAGACAUCAGCCUAAUUCAAAUAGACGUUGGCAAGCUGGAUUCUGUCCUACAUGCAGCCAAAGAGAUCAAGACAAGAUUUCAGCGUUUGGAUUAUCUCUUCUUGAAUGCUGGGAUCAUGGUAAAGCCACGUGUCAGUUUGAGGGCAUUUUUACGUGGCAUCUUCUCCAGGAGUUCAAAGCAACACACAUGGGGUGCCCAGGUGGUCUCCCAUCCAAAUACUGACCAGGCCCAAACCUGUAUAGCUUCAGUGAUGGAACAUCCUCAAGUGGAACAAAAUGAAGCAAAGACCUCUUUUUCCCAGCGAAUAAUCCGGAUGUUGUCCACAGCAGAAGGGCUAAUGAGCCAGGAGGACAGGGUCACUCCAGAUGGCCUACAGGAGGUCUUUGAAACCAACUUCUUUGGACAUUUCAUACUGAUCCGGCAGCUGGAGGCUCUGCUUUGCUGUGUUGAAAAGCCCUCCAAGCUGGUCUGGACUUCUUCGGUCAAUGCCCAUAAAAAUAACUUCAGUCUCGACGAUUACCAGCACCAGCACGGCAAGGAGGCCUACAGCUCCUCUAAGUAUGCCACUGACCUCGCAAGUGUGGCUUUGAACAACCACUACAACAAGCAGGGUUUAUAUUCUAGUGUCAUCUGUCCAGGUGUUGUGAUGACCAACAUGACGUACGAAAUCUUGCACCCGCUUUUCUGGAAGUUAUUUUUACCCAUCUUGUGGCUGUUACGCCUUUUAACCCCUACAUAUACGCUGACGCCAUAUAAUGGAGCCGAAGCACAGAUUUGGCUGUUGAAGCAGAAGCCAGAGUUGCUGGACCCGCUGGCGAAAUUUCACAGCUGUACUACAUUCCUGGGCAAGAACUACGUUGAAACCCGCAAGAUGGAUGUCACUGAAGACAUGGCUAAGAAGUUUUACAAGAAAAUGUUGGAGCUGGAGAAGCAAGUUUUAAACAGCUGCCAUCAGCAUAAAAAAUAGCAAGACCAGA